ACAAACACACUUUCAACCCUCGUUCUUCCCAGAAGACGAUAUGGCCUGCAGGAAAAAGGUGUGUUGUGGUGCUUCUGUUCUGGAGGUGACGCUGGCCGUGCUGUUCACCCUCAUGACGGCCAUUAGCGUAACACUGAUCGCAGUGAUGGCUACCCGGAAAACAGACACAGGCUCGGAGCCGACCCUUCCUCCAAGUCCGGAGCCGACCGUUCCUCCAAGUCCAGAGCCUCCGCACAAACCCUACCUGAUUGGGGUGGGCCGAGCCGACUGCACCGGGCCUCCAGCUGAAAUCCCUCUGAUGGGUUAUGCCAACCCUGAGCAGACGGCUGCAGGCAUACACACUCGCCUGUACAGCCGAGCCUUCAUCAUCGACGACGGGAGGCGGAGAGUCGUGUUCGUCACCGCAGAUGUAGGAAUGAUAUCACAAAGGCUACGACUGGAGGUUUUGCAGGCGCUGAAGGUGAAGUACGGGGAUCUGUACCGACAAGAUAACGUAGUUCUGAGUGGGACUCACACUCAUUCUGGACUGGCCGGAUACUUCCAGUACACACUGUUCAUGAUCACCAGUAAAGGGUACAUCAAGGCGUCCAUCGAGCCGCUGGUCAAAGGCAUCGUCAAGAGCAUAGACAUAGCCCACAGUAACAUGAAGCCAGGCAGGAUUUACAGGAGCCGAGGAGAGCUGGACGGCAGCAGCCUGAACAGAAGUCCUCACUCCUACUUGAAUAACCCUGAGGACGAGAGACACAGGUAUAAGUGGAACACAGAUAAACAAGUGCUGGUGCUGAAGUUUACGGGUCUGGACGGAGACGGCAUCGGUAUGCUCAGCUGGUUCGCUGUCCACGCCGUCAGCAUGAACCUCACCAACCGUAUGGUGAGCAGCGACAACAUGGGCUACGCCUCCUACCUGCUGGAGCAGGACAAGAACCCCGGACAGCUACCUGGACAGGGAGGCUUCGUUGCUGGCUUUUCCUCCAGUAACCUUGGUGACGUCAGUCCGAACACCAAAGGGCCUCACUGUGCAAACACCGGAUUGCCCUGCGACUACCUGAACAGCUCCUGUCCUGUUGGAGGGACUAAGAUGUGUAUGGCGUUUGGACCGGGAGACGACAUGUUCGACAGCACAAGGAUCAUCGGCCACAACAUCUACAGCAAAGCCAAGGAGCUUUAUGCUAACGCAGUAGAAGAGGUGACCGGCUUCCUUCACUCGGCUCAUCAGUGGGUCAACAUGACGGACGUCACGGUUCAGAUCAACGACACACACACGGUCAGCACAUGUAAACCAGCUCUGGGUCACAGUUUCGCAGCGGGAACAACAGACGGAGGAGGAGACCUCAACUUCACUCAAGGUGCUGUGGAGGGUGACCCGUUCUGGGACGGGAUCAGAGACGCCAUCCUGGGCAAGCCGUCCAAUCAGACGCAGGAGUGUCAUCAUCCCAAACCGAUCCUGUUCAACACCGGAGAGAUGAACUGGCCUCUGCCGUGGCAUCCUCAGAUCGUGGACGUUCAGAUGAUCACCAUCGGCUCUGUGGCUGUCGUAGCUGUUCCUGGAGAGAUGACCACCAUGUCAGGACGGAGGUUACGAGAAGCCGUCAGACAGGAGCUUGAGUCAGAGGGUGGGUUCAGGGACUCGGACGUUGUGAUCGCUGGCCUGAGUAACGUCUACACUCACUACAUCACCACCUAUGAAGAGUACCAGGUGCAGCGGUAUGAAGGAGCCUCCACCAUCUACGGUCCGCACACGCUCAGUGCGUACCUACACAAAUACCGAGGCCUGGCCCGAGCCAUCGCACAGGACAAAGUAUCGGAGCUGCCAGUCGGCCCUCAGCCUCCUUUCUUUGAGAAGAAUCUCUUCAAUCUGAUGGGUGCACCAACCGUUGACAAAAAACCAGACAACAGCAGCUUUGGAGACGUCCUGCAGCAGGUUUACCCCGUCUACCGACAGGGUGAUGUUGUCUCGGUCACGUUCGUAGCAGGAAACCCCAGAAAUUCAGGGGACAUCAGAGAUAAAACGUUUGUUACUGUGGAGAUUUACGAUAACAGAACAAACAACUGGGACGUCGUCUACACUGAUGCAUCAUGGGAGACCAGGUUUCACUGGCUGAAAGGCUCCAACCAGCAGAGUAACUCGACCGUGGAGUGGCACAUCCCCCCGUUGGCCCCCAGCGGCUCCUACAGGAUCAGACACUUCGGACACCACAAACAGAGGAAAGGCCUGCAAGCCGUCAUCACGCCGUACCAAGGCACGUCCAACGUCUUCAGAGUCACCGCCAGCUUCUACUAUCAGUGAGAUCUACGAUUAGUCUGACGCCAAGCUCAAAGAUACAUCCACGAAUAUGACUAUA